AUGACUCUCAGACACACCAGAGCACCAGACAUCAGCUCGGAGCGGCAGGCGCUCAACAUCCCUGGCCCAGGCCCCCUGGAGUCAGACCUCACCCUUCUUUCUGUGGAUCCUACCCACUCAGGUGAAAAAAUCAAGACCCUUAUCCCGGAGAGGCAUAUUCUUCGAGACCCAAACCAGAGAGUUUUGGUCCUAUCAGAAGAGGUCCUCCUUGCCCUGGAAGACAAAAAAAGCAUAACUGGAGCUUCACAAACAGCUAACCCUGAUACCAUGGCACGAAAUCAAAUUUUUUUAGCUGUCUCCGAAGGGAAGUUGUGCCUCUACUGUGCCAAAGAGCCGACAUGUCCCUCUUUACAACUGAAGGAGAUGGACAUCACCCAGCUGAACUCACUGAUGGAGGAAACGCGUCUGCCCUACACCUUCAUCAGGAAGGACAUUGGCUCCUAUUUCACUUUGGAGUCUGCUGCAAAUCCAGGGUACUUCAUCUACACUUCCAACAUACCCAGGCAGCCUGUGGGAGUAACCAUGGAUAUUGGCAAUGAAAACAACAUUUAUUUUCAAUUUGGAGACCUUUAUGUGAAUCUCAGGGUGCGUGAGACUGACUAUACAAACUGA